AUGUUUAAAAGUAUAUUUAAUAAAAAGAAUGAAAGACUAUUGAUUUGGUCAAUAUUUAUGUUAGUAAUUUUAAUUAUAUCUUGUUUUGUAUUUUUAUUUUUUAAUAACAAAAUAAAUGAGGAUCUUUUAGAUGGUUCUGAAAAUUUUGAAAUUUCUCCUACAAGUAUAUGUGGAGAAUGGGAAUUAGAAGAAGUUUUAAAAGAUUAUAAUUUAUAUGAAAGUAAAGAUGAAGAAAAUUUAGAAGAAUCACCAUUUAGUGGAGUUAUAUUAUCAGAAAGUGAUGAUGAAGAAAACUUAAAAAAUUAUUUGAAUAAAACUACACCUAUAAAAAUUUUUUUUGGAAGUGAUGAUAAAGAAAUUAACGAUUCUAAAUCUUCAGAAACUCCUUCUAAUAAUGAUGGUGAAAAAAGUACAGAAGAAUUUAGAGAUGUUAUAUAUCCAGAAAUUCUUUCUAAUAAUGAUGGUGAAAAAAGUACAGAAGAAUUUAGAAAUGUUAUAUCUCAAGAAAAUUUUUCUGAAAAUGUUGGUGAAAAAAGUACAGAAGAACAUAAAGAUGUUACAUCUCUGGAAAAUCCUUUUAAAAACGACGGUAAUGAAAAUUCAAAAGAAUCCAAUGUUGUUAUACCUCCAGAAAAUACUUUUAAAAACGAAUAUAAAGAAGAAUCUAAAAAUAAUCUACCUUUAGAAAUUCCUUCUAUUAAUAAAGAUAAAGAAAAUAAGGAAGAAAUUUCUAAAGAAUUAAGUGAAAAGAGCAACAAUAAUAAAUAA